AUGUCUAUCCUUCAUAUGCCAUUCGAUAGGUUGGUGUUCGAUCUUGAGUUCGAGGACGCGCCUGAUCUCAUCAUUUUUAGCGAGUUUAUGCCUAUGUCAGAUGACCACGUGCCGCUCCCCGGCGAUACUGAUUUCGUUCCGUUGUCCGAAGAAGACAUGGCUAAGUUGUUUGCAGCUCACCAAAGCGGCGAGACGUCCCCCGAAGUGCGCGCCCAGCUGGAUGCAUUGUUUGAAGAGAGCGACGAAUUAAUGCGUAGUAUAAUUAACGAAGACAUGCUGGCAGGCCCAGCCGAUGCUCACGUUGACAAGACAAACUAUGAUGAAUUGCCAGCGACGCAACAAGGGACUUGGGCCGAUUCACAAAAUGUUCAAAAUCCUCAGAUGUUCAAGUCGUUUCCGACAUUGAAGAAUUUCACCGUCCCGGUGGCUGGUCUCCCCCAGUUGCCCCACAUCGAUCAGGGGCUCUACUACCCUUCGCAGCCCUCUGCCGUCCCUCAAGCGCCCCCGCAAGACCAUCCUUGGCCCCAGCGUGAAUACAACCCUGGAUACUUCACGAACGAGCUUCCUGGCACAUAUACUCAGCCCUCUGUCGCACCGCAAGACCCCGUAUGGUCCCAGCAUGGAUAUAAUCUUGGAUAUGAUGCCAAUGGACCCCCUGGUGCGUAUUAUUUGCAGCCCUCUGCGAUCGUCUCAGCACCGCCGCACCACCACGCUUGGCCCCAGAAUGAAUACAAUCCUGGAUAUCAUGCCAAUGGACCCCCAAGUGCGUACUGUUUGCAGCCCUCCGCGAUCGUUCCAGCACCGCUGCAAGGCCACGCAUUUGCCCAGCAUGGAUAUCAUCUCGCUCCCUCCUACUCUUACCAGCAACUUCCCACCAUUGCAGGUCCGUCCAACGCGCAUUACCCUUCUGCGCCACUCCCCCAAGGUCAAUAUGCUCCCUUGCAGACGGAAUCUAGUGGGGGCUCAAGCGUGGAGCCAACUUCCUUUGUUCUCGACUGGACGGCAUCUACCAAGCCUCGUAAGCGUAAAACCCGCCAGACCUCUAAUCUUGAAGACGGUCUGAGUUCGUCCGUUCCACCAACAACGCGCAAGCGCAGACGCCCGAACGUCGCCGACGACUACAGACCAGGCAAGUUUGGUCCGUACAUGCUAGCGGAUGCCAGUGCCACGAUCAUGACCAUGCCUGUUCACGACCCAAAGCCUGUUAACAUCAGUAGCCGCAGGACCCAUGAUCCCAACGGAAAUUCCCUCCGAACGAGGAGAUUUGGGGCGAUGGAACUGGACGAUACCUACCCCGAUGCAUCUGGAAACGUCCAUGACCACCACUGGCCACAGUUGACCUGCGUACGCUCAUGCGAUUGGACCGACCAGCCGUGUGGUCUGUUCAUAGAGGUGGACAAGAUCCGUAUUGAAGACCAUCUGUGGUUUUGGCAUGGGGUUGAAGCGAAGAAACCUACUCCCUGCCAAUUCGAAGGUUGCCCGGACGCAGGGCCGAUGAUGUAUUUGAGCCGUCACAUCGAAGGGGUCCACUUCGCUACAUCCUACCGAUGCGCCUAUUGCAAGAAGCUGUCAUCGAGGACCGAUUCUUUGGCUCGGCAUCAGAAGGGGUGCAAACAAUUGCUUGCUAGCAGGGCCCACGCUGAGCAUUGGAAGUACGAAUUCUCUCUUCAAGCGAUGAUCAAGUCGAUUUCUGGAUAUAUCGUUCCUGCCAAGAACGCGACGUAGGAUAGCGUCUGAAUGU